AUGGCACCAAGCAUUGCAGAAUUCGAUAAUACUAAUGGAGUUUUUAGCGAACUACCACCGGGUUUUGUUAUCUCUAACGAUGGACUUCAUAUGGUUUUCGACAAAGAAAUCGAAAAAUCAAACAAUGACGAUCGUUCUUAUAGAAUAAUUAGGUUAACUAAUCAACUUGAAGUUUUAAUCAUUCAUGAUUCUAAUACUGAUAAAGCUGCUGCUUCUAUGGAUAUUAAUGUCGGCUCUUAUUCCGAUAUGGAUAAUCUUUUGGGUCUUGCUCAUUUUUGCGAACAUUUAUUAUUUAUGGGAACGACAAAGUACCCAAAAGAAAACGACUAUAGCGAGUUUUUAGAUAAACAUAAUGGAUCGUGUAAUGCGUACACCUGUAACGAAAAUACGAAUUAUUAUUUCGAAGUCGGUCAUGAAUAUUUAGAACCUGCAUUAGAUAGAUUUGCACAAUUUUUUAUCAGUCCAUUAUUUGAUGCUGAUUGCACUGAUAGAGAAUUAAAAGCAGUGGAUUCUGAAUUUAAGGAAUAUCUUCAAAACGAUGAUUGGAGAAUAUCUCAAUUGCAAAAAUUACAUUCCAAUCCAAAACAUCCUUGGUCAAGGUUUUCAGUAGGAAAUUUAGAAACAUUAAAAGAAUCACCUACAAAAGAAGGUAUAGAUAUUAGAGAAGAAUUAAUUAAAUGGUAUGAGAAACAUUAUUCUGCUAAUCUCAUGAAAUUAUGUAUUUUGGGCAGCGAUCCAUUGGAUAAAUUAACUGAAUGGGUCGUUGAAAAGUUUUCUGACAUUCAAAAUAAAAAUUUUGAAUCAUUAAAACCUGUUGAAAUUCCGCUAAGAAAAGAAGAAGAUUUAUGUAAACAAAUUUUAGCCAAACCUGUUAAGGAUAUUCAUGCUUUAGACAUUAAUAUUCCCAUACCGAACCAAAUAGAAAAUUAUAAAGCAAAGGCUGCAGAGUACGCUAGUCAUCUAAUUGGCCAUGAAGGAGUUGGAUCAAUUAGCUCUUUAUUGAAAAAGAAGGGUUGGAUAACUAAUAUUUAUGCCGGACCAAUAGAGUUUAGUGUUGAUUUUCAUAUAAUGGAAAUAUCUGUUGAUUUAACUGAAGAUGGUUUAGACGUGGUAGAAAUUAUAUUUCUAUAUGUGGAAAUGCUUAGAAGAGAGGGUCCGCAGGAAUGGUUUUAUAAAGAAAUUCGAAAUUUAAGCGAUAUUAAAUGGCGUUAUAUGGAAAAAUCUUGCGAAUCAUCUUAUACAUGCUCACUUUCGGAAACUUUACACAAACCAUAUACGCGUGAUAGAAUAUUGAGUAGUCCAUUUAAAGAUUUUGAGUAUAAUCCAAAAUUAAUCGUUGAAAUACUCAAUUGUUUAAGAAUCGAAUAUUCUAUUAUUAAUCUCUCAAGUAAAUUAUUAAGUGAUUUGGAUCAAAAAGAAAGAUGGUUUAAUGUUGAAUAUAAAUAUACACCCAUUAAUGAAGAGUUGAUUAAAGUAAGUGAUUUUUAUCGGGUUUGGUAUAAAAAGGACGAUAAAUGGUGGGUUCCUAAAGCGAAACUUGAUUUGUAUUUUAAAACUCCACUGAUUAAUCUUACAUUAUCAAAUUUGGUUAAAACAAAAUUAUAUCUUGACUUAUUUAAUGAUGCAUUUGCAGAAGAAGCAUAUGAUGCAUUACUUGCUGAAAUAUAUUAUUCGGCACAUGUAACAAGUGAUGGUACCAUACAUGUUAAUGUAUCAGGAUAUAAUGAUAAAUCAUUAGAAUUGAUGGAGUUGGUUUUAAAGCGUAUGAAAGAUUUUGAGAUCAGGCCUGAAAGAUUUAAAGUAUUAAAAGAAAGAUUGAUGAGAAAUUAUAAUAAUACAAAACUUUAUCAACCAUCAUCAUUAACAGAAGAAUAUUAUCGUCAAUUAUUUAAAGAAAAUUAUUAUUCGGGAGAAGAAAAAUCAGCCAUAUUAAAAGAUAUUAGUAUGGAAGAUGUACAAUCAUUUUUUCCUGAAUUAUUUAAACAACUUUUUAUCGAAUCUUAUGUACUUGAAAAAUAUAGAAUGGUUAAGAAUAGAAAUGUUAGAUUACCUCAAGGAAAAAAAUAUGUUUAUCAAGCAAAUGUUUUUGAUAAAGAUGAAUUUAAUAAUGCUAUUGGAUAUUAUUUGCAAUGUGGUGAUAAUACGGACAUAUAUGUUGUGACUAGAUUAAAAAUAAUUUCUCAAAUCUUACAUGAACCGGUUUUUGAUCAUUUAAGAACCAAAGAACAAUUAGGUUAUUCGGUUUAUAGCCAUGUAAAUAGUUCAAUAGGAGAAAUCGGAUUAUUGAUUAAUUUACAAAGUGAAAAAAAUUCUACAUAUUUAGAAAAUAGAGUUGAAGCGUUUUUAAUUAAAACACAGAAAAUUAUAGAAGAAAUGUCAGAGGAUGAAUAUCAAAAGCAAAAACAAUCGUUGAUUGAUUCUCUUUUGGAAAAAGAUAAAAAUAUGUGGGACGAAGCUUAUAAAUAUUCUAAACAAAUUUCAUGUGGUUAUUGUGAUUUUUAUGAAGAUAUAAAUAUUGUUAAAGAAAUAAAAACAGUUACAAAGGAUGAUAUUUUGGAAUUUUAUAAAAUUCAUAUUCAUCCAAAGUCAUCACACAUCAAAAAAUUAUCGGUGCACGUAAACUCUUUAAUAUGUACAAAUAAUAAUAUCAAUGAUGCGACAAAUGAUUAUAACAAUUAUGAAAACUUAAGUGAUGAUGCAAAAGAAAAUGCCGAAGAAAAUGAUGAGAAUGAUGAAAUUAAUGAAGAAAUUGAGGAAAACUAUAUAUUAUCUGAAGAUAAUAUUUUAAUUACUGAUAUCAUAGAUUUCAAAAAUAGAAUGUGUUUUGGACCUUCAUCUUUUCCCAUUAUGCCUUUGAGCACUUUUUAUGCUGAAGAAAUGCUUAAUCAACAAAAGGUUUAA